AUGAAUAAUAGGUUUUCCUGUUUUAAUGUUUUUGAUACAAAAUUCUGGAUUUUGAAAUAUUUUUCAGCUAAAAUCUACGAAGUUAUUUCUUCAGAAUACGAAGUUAUGAAGUUUCCUGAUUGGUUAGUUUCUUGUAAAUUUAAAUUUAAUGUUACUAGGAUAUUAUGUAUGGAUAUUUCUUUUAAAAGAUAUAUAUUAGAAAAAAAAUAUGGACAAGUAUAUUUAGAUGAGUUUAAAAAUAAUGGUGGUGAUAAUAAAGAUUCAUUGUUUCCUAAUGAAGUCAAUCAAUUUAGGAUAUUAUUAAAACGUCAAAAAAAUCAUAACAAUUGUAAAAGUGCUAGCGUAUAUGCUAUAGCAGAAGAAUUAGAUUUUGAAAUAUUUGAAAUUAAUUCUGUUAUAAGGAGUGUUAAUUGGAAAAAAGUUGUUAAAUUUAAUGAAAUUUGUUUUAAAAUUAAACUGGAUUCUUCAUUUCAAAAACAGAGUUUAAUAUUAAUUGAAGUUGAUAUUCUUUAUGAAGAUAAAAACUUUUGGAACGCUGUUAUGAAUCUUGUUUAUAAAUCAGAACGAUCUUCAGAUAUUAAUACAAUAUCUGAUGUUUUUUAA